ACAAGGAAGAAGUUGCGCACGACUUAUUUAAAACGGAAUUAAAAAUUGUCUAGCUAGAACUAGUGUUUAUCCGCACGGUUCCUCUCUGUUGCCUACCCAAUUGUCUUGUUAUCGCCAUGUCGAAAGUUGCUGUCGUGGAUGUUGCCAGUGCCCCAGACUCUGAAUUCAGCGGUGAUAAGUUAAUUAGAAAGGUUUCAAUGAUCCUCGAUCGGGCAGGUGAAGUGGGUGAGCCUAUUUAUGUUAUCGAUUCUUUGAAUCGAAAUAACAUGAGCGCCACAACCCUGCAGUCGGAUGGAUUCAAAACCUUAAACAAACAGAUUCGUUUUUUAAAUGACACGUGCGUUCCUGCUGCGCUGUAUACAGUUAAGCAAGAUUUGGAUAGGCGUAACCUGAGUAGUGUGGUUGUAAUUACGCCAUGCCAUCGCAGAACAGUGCUGCAAAAAUAUCAAGAGCUUCUUUUCACAACUUUAUACAACUUCGUAUAUAUAAAUAAUGAUAGGCCUAUAUCUGAUGACUCCAGCGCUGGUGAUGGGGCUUCGGAGGAGAUUGUUCAAGUGUCUGACGAUGUCGCUACAUUUGUGAGACAGCUUCCAGCAAUUGGUGAGAUUUCUGUCCUCCAGUCCCCUCUUGUUCCUGGCUGUUUCUCUCAUGGUUUCACCACCAGAACAGGAGGAAUCUCUUACAUCAGAACCCUCAGCUCCCUCAACCUCUUCAGCAGCUCAAAGCGGAGAGAUCCUCAGAGCGUCGUUCGUGAGAAUAUCAGACGUCUUGGACUCAAAGUAGGCUUUCAGCCUCACCAGUUUCACAUGGUUAAGGUUGAUCAUGCCAGUGAUGUAUGGGUGGUGGGAGACCAUGUCCCAGAAGGAAUGCGCUACGACGGGAUGGUUACAAAUCAGGCCGAUGUGGUUCUAGCAGCACCGGGGGCCGACUGCAUGCCUCUGCUCUUCAGUGACCCUGUGGCGAAAGCCAUCGGAGUAGCGCACGCAGGGUGGAAAGGCACACUAAUGGGAAUUGCUAUGGCAACAGUGAAUGCCAUGGUUUCACGAUUUGGCAGUAAACCGGAAAAUAUCGUUGCUGUGAUUGGACCCUCUGUUGGAGACUGCUGCUUCCGACUUGACCAGGGAUCAGCUAAAGAGUUUCAGUCCAUACACCCAGACUGUGUCAGGGAAGAUGGGACACCCCGGCCUUAUGUCAACAUUAGAUUGGCCACAAGAGUUCUUCUGGAAAAAGGAGGGCUCCACUCCAAACAUAUCCAUGACGACACUUCGACAGACAUUCCAAACGUCACAUUGUGCACUUCUUGCCACUCUGACAUGUUUUUUUCUCAUGUUCGAGAUGGGACCAAUUUUGGCACACAAAUUGGUUUCCUUUGGAUUCAAUCUGAACAGUAAUUGUCAUUGAAACACUGUUCAAACUUCGAUCUGUUCAUUUUGUCACAUUUUCCCCAAUUUGUUGAUGGGAAUGAUCUUUGAUAUUUUGUAAUACUUUCCCUGAACAUUACUGUCAUGUUUGAUGCAUUCUUAGGUUUUAUCACAGUAGGCCUACGUGUCAUAGGUCAUACGAUUAGACUGACUUUUUAUACUGUUACAAUAUGUUAUGUACACAUAGAAGUGCAUUUUUUACAUAGUGAGCUAUUAAAAUAGUUUUGUAUGUCACUCUAAUGAAGAGUUUUUACUGUAAUGAUAAUGAAUUAAAUGAUUCAUGAUUAAUGUGGACUGGCUCUGAAUUUUUCUGAAAUUAUUGAAGGGUGAGGAGAGCAACUCUGAAGUGCAACUGAGUUAACUUCGUACAAUAUAUCAGGACUGUGAAACAUACACAGAACAGAAUGCAUAUGUAAUGUAGAAAUGGUCUUCCGCAGUGUGUUGGUAAACACUGAAGAGCGGUUAAGCCAGAGUGCCUCUCUGACCAAGCAAAUAUACACAUUAAUUGUGUGGUUUUCAAAAGCAUUGUGAUAUGUGAAUACAUCAAUUGGCAGCAGUGUGUGAAAGUGUGAGUCGAAAGAAUUGCGUUCAUGGUUUACUCCACUGUCAAGAUUACCUGCACUCUUCCCUUUCUUGCUGAA